CUUCAUUCAUGAGCGACUCUGUUCUGUCUCUAAGACAACAGGACGUAAACAAACGUGGUAUCACUGUCCCAGUUGAACCAUUCAGUUGCCACAAACAACAGUGCCAAGACCAGAUCUGAUGGGCAAGUAAUCUGUCGUAUUGGAAGUGACCAACACUUUUCACUAUGCCUCCCAAAUCCAUGAAAUCAAGGUCCCACAGUUCAAGACCAGCCAGGAAGACGGGGAAUCCCAAAACGCCCAAAAAGAGGUCCCCCAGUGCCAAAUCAACAAAGACAGAAGUGGACAUCCUCAGCCCAGCAGCCAUGGAGAAUGUCUACUACAUUUGCCACAAUGCAGCCGACUGUUUGGAGUUUAGAGGCUUUGGAUGGCCACAUUCAAAUACCAAGAAGAAAAAGAAGAAGGGUACCAAGCCUAAGAAGAAAAAAUAGAUCUGUUUUUUUUUUUUUGCCAAAAUACAUUUUCCCCUUAAGAUGUAUAGUAUAGCUAGUUAAUGGCGCCAUCUGGUGGACAGAUCUAACAACACACACAAAGAAGUGUUGACAGCUGUAACCAGUGCUAUGCAGAAGUAUUGUUUUGUCUCACACCACCUUUGCAAAAAUGUGCCAGUAAAAGUUACCUUAAUUCACGAGACAAAGACUUUAAAUUAUUAGCAACUACCAACUUUAUUAUAAGCUGCAAAAAUCAGAGUUGUAUUCAUACUUGUCCUAAAAAGUUUGGCAGUUGUUUCUGAUAAAUUGAAAGCCUUUAAAGGAAAAUCCAUAAACUUUGUGCAAGCUGCAUGUUUUAUCAAUAUCACCUUUGGAGAAUCUCAUAGUUAAUAAACAUGUGGAAACUAAAACACUGCAGUGCAUUCCAGAAAAGGCCAGCAAACGGUGCCGUGGUGUUGGACUUAAAGUGAUCCCACGAGUUAUUUGUAAAAUUCUUUAAAUCCAGUCUUUGCACACUUUAUCUUAUAAAAAUAGGCUAUGAUGGAACGUGCCUUGAACCCAAAAGCAAGAACAAAUGCAGUUCCAGGCACUGUUAAUAUUCUUAUACAUUUUUACAUUAUCAAUUUUUUUU